AUGUCAACACCACACACAUUGGACUUUAACGGACGAAUCAAAUUGGUCGACUAUGCUCCACCUAAUCAUCCAAUAGUGUGGUUAAAUAUGCAAGUAGAAAAGUUAUCGUCGAACUUCCCUUUUAU